GGGCUCCUUCUCUGCGUCCGGUCCGCAGAGGUGCACGUCGCAGGUCUCCAGAGGCUCCGUCGACAACAGCGGAAGCACCGAGCUAGUCUUGGGCCAUGAGGAGCGCGCGGGUCGCACGGCCCCGGGCCGCCGUCGGGGCUGACAGCGUCCUGCUGCGCUGAGGGUGUGGACCGCAGAAGGGCGCGGGCUGCCCGGCCGCGCCGGAGCGCACAGCCAUGGCGAGGGAGGAGUGCAAGGCACUGCUGGACGCUCUCAACAAGGCGAUCGCAUGCUACCACCACCUGGUGCUGACCGUCGGCGGCUCGGCGGACUCGCAGAACCUGCGCGAGGAGCUGCAGAAGACGCGCCAGAAGGCGCAGGAGCUGGCGGUGGCCACCCGCGCCCAGCUGACGGCCGCGCUGCGCGACCGGGGCCUGGGCGCCGAGGAGCGCGCCGAGUUCGAGCGCCUCUGGGUGGCCUUCUCCGGCUGCCUGGACCUGCUGGAAGCCGACAUGCGGCGCGCACUGGCCCUGAGCACCGCGUUCCCGCUGCACGCGCCGCGGCGGCCGCUGGUGCGCACCGGUGUGGCGGGCGGCGCGGCGGGCGUAGCGGCGCGCGCCCUGAGCGCCCGCAGCUUGCGACACGAGGCGGAGGGCGACUUCGACGUGGACGACCUGCGCGAGCAGGAGUGCGAGAUCCUUCAGGUGAGCGAGAUGAUCCACGACAUGGAGAUGAAGGUCAACGUGCCCCGCUGGACCGUGCAGGCCCGGCAAACGGCGGGCGCCGAGCUCCUGUCCAGCGCCGGCGCCUGCUCGGUGGGCGCCGUGUCCGUCCAGGAGCGCACGGGGCCCUGCGACCCGAGCAAGGCCCUGGCCGCCACCGUUUUCAGCGCCGUGCUGCUGGCGGCUGUGGCCCUGGCGGUCUGCGUGGCGAAGCUGAGCUGA